CUUUGUCUCUUUCUCCAUUUCCUCUCGCGAGUACUCCGUAAUAUAUAUUAUUAUUCCUUCCUUCUCCGGCUUCCAAUCUCUGGAUUCUCUCCCCCUCCGCUCAUCAUUAUGCCUAAUUAUUUCCAGUGCUUGAGGCUGAAAUGGAGGAGAAAGCCGGUCAGGGUUGGGGGGGAAUCCGGGCCAAUGAGGCUAACCGGACACCAACUUUCCGAGCUCACCAUGAACUUCUCCAGGUCCCGAGUCAUUGCCUACGGCGGGUUCAGCACCGUCUAUCUCGGGACCGCGUUCCCCGGUUCGGUCCACCCGGUAGCAAUCAAGACCGUCGACUGCGGAACCAGCACCCGCAUGUGCUCAAUUUUCAACCAAGAACUCCAAAUCCUUCAGAGGAUACAACACGACCACAUCGUCGGAGUACUAGGGUACUACGACGAAGGCGGGGUGGGGGCUCUCGUUCUCCCCUACGUCCCGAACGGGACGCUUUGGGAAAACCUAUCCAGCUCUGUUCUUUCGUGGAAGAACAGAGUUGGAAUUGCUUAUCAGCUUGCUGAGGCUCUGGAGUACCUUCAUGAGAAGUGUGAUCCCCAUAUUGUCCACGGCGACGUAAAGUCCUCCAACGUCUUGUUGGAUUCACAGUUCAAUUGCAAGCUUUGCGAUUUCGGGUCAGCAAAAACUGGGUUUUCUUCUGACCUAGUUGUGUCUCGUAGGAAAAUGAUCGGCUCUCCGGGAUAUACCGAUCCUCACUACCUAAGGACCGGAAUCGCGACAAAAAAGAGCGACAUGUACAGCUUCGGGGUCAUCCUUCUGGAACUGAUCACGGGUUCGGAAGCUAUUUCCUCUUUGAAAUCAAGUCGGGUUUGGGAGGAUGAAUCUGAGGUUGCAAAAAUGGUGGAUCCCCGGCUGGGGGACGGGGAAUAUGAGUUGGAAGAAGCCAUGGCGGUGGCUUCCAUUGCAGCUUCGUGCCUCGUUGAUUCGCCAACAUCGAGGCCAUCUGCAACAGAUGUAUUGAAAAUCUUGAGAAACAGAGUUCCCGCGGUUGGCUUUUUGUUCUCCAUGGGCAAAGGGACCUGAGCAACUUUGUUUUUUUUUUGGUUUGUUCCCAACUUUUACAUUAACGAGUGUGUGAAUCAAUCAAAUUUAUUAUUGUAAUUAGCUGUAUAUAGAUAAUACUCCGUAAUAGGUUAAAGGCAGAGCACUGUACAUUUUAAGUGAUUGGAUUGGUUUGUGAUGUUGAUAAUGUUAUGGCGCAUAAUAAAAAGUUAUCCCUUUU